AUGCCACCCCCUCAGCAGCCAGUCGCGAGGAAAGCAACGAUAAAGAAAGCCAAAGCAGACUUCAAAUCUCGCGGCCAACCCACCAUCUCCACCAGCGAGCGAAAGCAGCUCCUACGUGAUGUAGAGCUCGAUCGGCGAGCAUGGGGCAUUGAACAGCGCGAGAAGAAGAAAGCUGAGUCCACGCUGAGGAAGAAGCAGGAGCGCGAGAGGAGGGAGAAGGAUGAUCGUGCAAGGGUGCAGAUGGGGACGCAGAUGAGGUGUGAUCGGUUUGGGUAUAAAAGUAGUCAAUUUCAUUUGGGAAAGUUCUUUGGGGCGGCGGCUGGGAUGACGGAGCAGGAGGGAGAGAUCAGUGUGGCUGCAGUGAUGGUCGAGGAGGUGGAAGAGGAGGAUAUGUUUGGCGAUGAUGGGGUGGACGACGAUACGCUUCUGGAGGCUUUGGGAGCACCUCACCUCAGGCUUGAUGCUGGAGAAAGCGAAUCUAAACAUGCUGAGGGCGAAAGCAUACGCUCCGUGGAUGAGCCAUCCCCACAGGCCGUGUCGGUAUUUGCAGACAACAGCUCAUCUAACGACGACAUGAUGCUGGAUUUCUGGAAUGAGCUUGGUAGCAGCACCCAGAUUGCUCGUGAGCUGGCAGAUGAUGAUCCUGAGCCCAAGUACCAGCCCAAAGCAUACCAGACACCAUUUCCGCGCCCAGAGGCAGUCAACAGGAAGGAGCGUGGUACCGUCGAUGUGGUGUUAGCAUCCAGAUCUGACAGUCAUAUAUUUGCACGAGAGCUUAUGCCUCCUCCACCACUGCCAUCGAAGGUAGCGAGACCAAACCUGCCAAUACGAGGUCUACAGGCUCGUCAGAAGCCGCCAGCAAUGGAACAUCCCCCGACCGUGGCUGUAUCAGGCUUCACGAUGAGCGAGCUCGAAGACUUUGUAGAUGACGAUCUUCAGCUCACCCAAGUGGCUCCUGGCUGA